AUCCUCCUCCUGGCUCAAAGAGCCUUUAUUUGUUAGGGGCCACACCGGAAACGCCCUCUAAGGACCUGCUCUGUGCAUCUUGACGCUUCAGCUCGCCAGUCCGAAAACCAGCGAGAAAACGUCGCCGUGAUGGGACUGGUGGUCAGGGAGGGUCUCCGUUAGGCAUCUGAAGCCCGGUGUCCUUGUCCUGCUCAGCCCAGUCUCUCUGCUCACCUGUCUGCCUCUCUAUGGGUGGAGGGACUCGGCUCUCCUCCUGCCGAGAAUCAGGACAUUCCUCUCCGUCAUCCGGCCGGGAUGCUGCGGUCUGAGCCCGGGGCUUUCCCCCUCCUUUGCCCGAUGAACCUAGAUCAUCUGCGGGGAUUAAACUGGCUUUCGUCGCUCUGUCUCUCUGCCUUUUUCUCUUCGGCUCUCUCCGGAACUGCCCGAUCUUCUGACAGUGGAAAUAAUGCUUUUCUUUUAUUUUGUGACUGGAUUGUUACACACCCUGUCCUCCUGACUCUGGUGGAUGUUACUCACGCACAGAUUUGUGAAUGGACAUGUGAGCCACGGCACCUUCUCCUCCGUCCCCGCUGUGCGUCAUUCCGCGCCGAGAUGAUGUGAACAUCCAGCGGAUACCGAAUGAAAAGCAGCUCGCAGCCAUAAACAGGGCUGGAGCCGAGGUCGAGGAUUAGUGUGGGGAGGGAUUAUAUUUUCCAGGUGCAGAAUCCUCCAUUGGUUGUUUGUUCAUUUGCUGUUUUUUGUGCAUCUCGAGAACUUUCCUGGCGCGUUAGGAUGUUUCCUCUGUUUCUGCGUUUUUUUAAGUAAGAACAAUCAUUUGGACUGUGUCUGCAGGCGCAGUGAGACGGAGAAACAGGCUGAGGCAGAUGUGAACGAGGCUGGUACAGUAGCGCGCUCUUGUAGUAGCCCUGUUGUGUCAUAAACCCAGUAAAGUUCGCAUUGUUUAUAAAUCGUAGCUAUUAAAUACCACAAGGAACGAUGGGAUCGAUAUAAUCUAACUACAGAACACAGGGUUAGGGUUCCUUUGGGAACUGUAACGGAAAUUACACUGAAACCACCAGAGAUAACGCGGCUACAGCCUUACUGUGAGCAGGGAUUUGUCAUUUAGCAGCAGCCCUGGGGAUGAAGAUGGUAGUGAAGAAGAUGAUGGUGGUGGCCGGUGAAGAGUCAAGUGCCCUGAUCUGCAUAUAGCUGAUUUUGAACAGCGGACAUAUUGUCUGUGACAGCAGUUAGAAGUGAAGACACUCUAAAACACCACAGAUACGCACGGGAACUAUAGUAAAACUGUGGACAAUAAUCUGAUCAUCUACGAAAUAUGAUUACACGACUGUCACUGUAAAGUCACGCUUUACCUUCACAGACAGAAAUAUUCCUGGAGCCGUGUCCCAGUUAAAGUGACUGCUGCAGACAGAAGACUGGGAAUACUACGGAAUGAAAGUGAUGAACUGAUGUGGUUACAACUGUCUAUGAAGCAUCAGAGGGACAAUACCAGGACAGAGCGUUACUGACUGUUCAUUAUUUCAAUCAGUCUAUUUGUGGGUGUAGUUUACGUCUUUCCUAUAUUUGUUACAUUUUGUUCAUGGUGGGAAACUGAUAUCAGCCAGAAAAACAACGACGAAGAACAGACGGACAUGUGAUGUCUAAAACUCUUGUCCGAUUAUUUGCAACUGAAUCACCAAACGGCAGUUACCUCCCAGAACAGCCCGAUAAUAAAUCUGCUCAGGUGGCGGAGUGAUCCAGCACCAACAGCGGCGGUGACCCGUCAGACGAGCGGACAUGUCGGACCGGAGCGCCCCGGGCUGCCGGCUCAGACUGGACUGGGUGUACGGGUACCGGGGCCACCAGUGCCGCAAUAACCUGUACUACACGGCCGGGAAGGAGGUGGUGUACUUCGUGGCCGGGGUCGCCGUGGUUUACAACACCAGAGAGCACAGCCAGAGGUUUUACCUGGGACACAACGAUGACAUCAUCAGCCUGGCGUUGCACCCGGAGCGCUCCCUGGUGGCGACGGGUCAAGUGGGGAAGGAUCCCUAUGUAUGUGUGUGGGACUCCUUCACUGUUCAGACUGUGUCUCUGCUUCGUGAUGGACACACACACGGCAUUGCCUGCCUCGCCUUCAGCGGUGAUGGACAGCGGUUAGCCUCAGUCGGCCUGGAUGCCAAGAACACAGUGUGCAUCUGGGAGUGGAAGAGAGGGAGGAUCCUGGCUACAGCCACCGGACACUCUGACAGGAUCUUCGACAUCUGCUGGGACCCGUUUCAGCAGAACCGUCUGGUGAGCUGCGGAGUCAAACACAUCAAGUUCUGGUCUCUGUGUGGGAACGCUCUCAUUCCAAAGAGGGGAAUUUUCGGGAAGACGGGCGACCUGCAGACCAUCCUGUGCGUGGCGUCAGCUAAAGAUGAUGUCACGUACUCUGGGGCGCUCAACGGGGACAUUUACGUCUGGAAGGGACUCAGCCUGAUGCGAACAGUUCAGGCUGCCCACGGGGCUGGCAUCUUCAGCAUGUAUUCCUGUGAGGAGGGAUUUGCCACAGGAGGCAGAGAUGGCUGCGUCCGACUGUGGGACGUCGAUUUUAAACCGAUCACCAAGAUCGAUCUGCGAGAGGCUGAGCAGGGAUACAAAGGUCUGUCUAUUCGCAGCGUCUGCUGGCGAGCCGACCGGAUCCUGGCAGGAACGCAGGACAGUGAGAUCUUUGAGGUGAUGGUGAGGGACCGGGACAAACCGUUGCUGAUCAUGCAGGGACACAGCGAGGGCGAGCUCUGGGCGCUAGACGUUCACCCCAAAAAACCUUUGGCUGUGACCGGCAGUGACGACCGCUCCGUCAGGUUGUGGAGUCUGGUGGAUCAUGCCCUCAUCGCUCGCUGUAACAUGGAGGAGGCAGUGCGGAGUGUGGCGUUCAGUGUGGACGGAUCCCAGCUGGCUCUGGGCAUGAAGGAUGGAUCCUUCACUGUGCUGAGAGUCAGAGACAUGACGGAGGUCGUUCACAUCAAAGACAGGAAGGAGGUGAUACAUGAGAUGAAGUUUUCUCCAGACGGAGCGCACCUCGCUGUCGGGUCCAAUGACGGACUGGUGGACGUCUACGCUGUCGCCCAGAGAUACAAGAAGGUAGGAGAAUGCAGUAAAUCCUCCAGCUUCAUCACACACCUGGACUGGUCUGUAGACAGCAAACUCCUGCAGACCAACAACGGAGCUGGAGAGCGGCUCUUCUACCGAAUGCCCAUGGGGAAGUCGGUCGUCAGUAAGGAGGAGGUGAAAGGUCAGCGCUGGGCAUCCUGGAGUGGUGUCCUGGGCCCCGAGGUCAGCGGCAUCUGGCCUAAGUAUUCUGAUGAAACUGAGAUCAACGCCGUAGCUGCCAAUCAUGCCGCCGCCGUGCUUGUUACCGGAGACGACCACGGCCUUGUUAAGCUCUACCGCUUCCCCUGUCUGAGGAAAGGUGCCAAAUUCAAGAAGUACAUCGGCCAUUCGGCCCACGUGACCAACGUUCGCUGGUCACAUGACCUGCAGUGGGUGCUGACCACAGGUGGAGCUGAUCACACCCUCUUCCAGUGGAGGUUUCUGCCAGAGUCGGUCAUGAAUGGAGGACUGGACAUCAACACACAAGACAGUCAUGGAGACUCCAACAGUGAGGAGUCUGACAGCGACGUGUCAGACGUCCCGGAGCUCGACUCCGACCUUGAGCAGGAAACGCAGAUCAGCUAUGACCGCCAGGUGUAUAAAGAGGACCUGCCUCAGCUGCGUCAGCAGAGCAGAGAGAAGAAACAGCAGGUUGGCUCUCUGAAGAGGCAGAGAGGACCAGACCAAGGCCUCCGGCUGCAGUUUGUUCAUGGAUACCGUGGUUACGACUGCAGGAGCAACCUGUUCUACACGCAGGGAGGGGAGGUGGUGUACCACGUGGCUGCGGUGGGCGUGGUCUACAGUCGGCAGCUGCACAGCCAGCGCUUCUACCUCGGGCAUGAUGACGACAUCCUGAGCCUCAGCAUCCACCCGCUGAAGGACUACGCUGCUACGGGACAGGUGGGGAGGGACCCGGCCAUCCAUGUGUGGGACAUCCAGACACUGAAGUGCCUCUCGCUGCUGAAGGGAUUUCACCAGAGAGGAGUGUGUGCUCUGGACUUCUCAGCUGAUGGAAAGAGUCUGGUGUCAGUGGGAGUCGAUGACGCACAUUCGAUCGUAGUCUGGGACUGGAAGAGAGGAGAGAAACUCGCUACUGCCAGGGGUCAUAAGGAGAAGAUAUUUGUGGUGAAGUGUAAUCCCAUGCUGAUGGACAGACUGGUCACUGUGGGAAUCAAACACAUCAAAUUCUGGCAGCAUGCAGGUGGCGGUCUGACCUUCCGGCGCGGUGUAUUCAGGAGUGUCGGCCGGCCGGAGACCAUGAUGUCGGUGUGUUACGGCCGCAGUGAGGCGCUGGUCUUCUCCGGCGCCACCACUGGAGACGUUUACAUCUGGAAGGAACCGCUACUGCUGAAAACGGUCAAAGCCCACGACGGCCCGGUGUUCGCCAUGUUCUCCCUCGACAAGGGCUUUGUGACGGGCGGGAAGGACGGCGUGGUGGAGCUGUGGGAUGACAUGUUCGACCGCUGUCUGAAGACGUACGCCAUCAAGAGAGCGGCUCUGUCCCCGGACUCUAAAGGCCUGUUGCUGGAGGACAACCCGUCAAUCAGGGCCAUCACUCUGGGUCACGGCCACAUCCUGGUGGGAACCAAAAACGGAGAGGUUCUGGAGAUUGACAAGACUGGGCCCAUGACCCUGCUGGUGCAGGGUCACAUGGAGGGCGAGGUUUGGGGUCUGGCCCCACACCCCCUCCUCCCCAUAUGUGCCACCGUCAGCGAUGAUAAAACCCUGCGACUCUGGGAGACGUCAGCCAAUCACCGCAUGGUGGCCGUCCGCAAGCUGAAGAGAGGCGGUCGCUGCUGUGCCUUCUCUCCUGAUGGGAAGGCCCUCGCGGUCGGUUUGAGCGACAGCAGCGUGUUGGUGGUGAACGCCGACACGUUGGAGGAUCUGCUGAGUUUCCACCAUCGCCGCGACGCCAUCUCUGACAUCCGCUUCUCCCCAGACUCAGGUAAAUACCUGGCGGUGGCGUCACAUGACGGCUUUGUGGACAUCUACAACGUGCUGAGCAGUAAGAGAGUGGGGAUCUGCAAAGGAGCGUCCAGUUACAUCACACACAUGGACUGGGACGCUCGAGGUAAGCUGCUGCAGGUGAACACAGGAGCCAAAGAGCAACUUUUCUUUGAAGCCCCGAGAGGAAAAAGACAAACCAUCAGAAACUCUGAGCUGGAGCGGCUGGAGUGGUCCAGCUGGACGUGCGUCCUGGGUUCGAGCUGUGAGGGAAUCUGGCCGACGCACAGCGACAUCACCGACAUCAACGCUGUGUCGCUCAGCAGAGACCGAACGCUGCUCGCCACUGGAGACGACUUCGGCUUCCUCAAGCUGUUCAGCUACCCCGUCAGGGGACAGUACGCUCGUUUUAAGCGUUACGUGGGUCACAGCGCCCAGGUGACCAACAUCCGCUGGGCCCAGGACGACUCCACCCUGCUGACAGUGGGCGGGGCCGACACUGCCCUAAUGAUCUGGGCGAGGGAGCAAGGGGGUGUGGUCGGCGGAGAGGCAGAGGGGUCUUUGAUUCGUGACAACUGUCCACCUGUGGACAGCGAGGAGUCGGACGACGACAUUGAGGAGGACGGAGGCUACGACAGUGAUGUUGCCCGGGAGAAGGCGGUGGAUUACACCACUAAGAUGUAUGCCAUCAGCAUCAGAGAGAUGAGAGGGACCAAACCUCACCAGCAGCUGAAGGAGCUGUCUGCUGAGGAGAGGCAGGGCAUUGUCAAGGGAUCCAGGCCUCCGGUGAGUCGAGCAGCACCACAGCCGGAGAAGCUGCUGAAGAACAACGUGUCCAAGAAGAAAAAACUGGUGGAGGACCUGGUUUUGGACCAUGUGUUUGGUUUUCGGGGCUUCGACUGUCGUAACAACCUGCACUACCUCAACGAAGGCACUGAGAUCGUCUACCACACUGCUGCCACCGCCAUUGUCCACAGCCUCAGCACCGGAAUUCAGAGUUUCUACCUGGAGCACACUGACGACAUCCUCUGUCUGACCGUCAAUCAGCACCCAAAGUACAAAAACAUCAUUGCUACUGGACAGAUCGGUGACAUCAGUGAACUCCCAGGCAGCACUCCAUUGAUCCAUGUGUGGGACGCGAUGAGUAAACAGACUCUGUCCAUCCUCCGCUGUCCUCACUCUAAAGGCGUCAGCUACAUUAACUUCAGCGCCACAGGGAAGCUGCUGCUGUCCGUCGGGGUGGAACCUGAACACACCAUCACUGUGUGGCGCUGGCAGGAAGGAUCCAGGGUGUGCAGUAAAGCCGGACACCCGGACCGGAUCUUCGUGGCGGAGUUCCGGCCAGACUCGGACUCUCAGUUUGUGUCGGUGGGAAUCAAACAUGUGAAGUUCUGGACGCUGGCGGGCGGUGCACUGAUGUACAAGAAGGGUGUGGUGGGGACGGUGGAGGAUGGCCGGAUGCAGACGAUGCUGUCUGUUGCCUUUGGUGCUAAUAACCUGACAUUCAGCGGAGCCGUUAACGGGGAUGUGUACGUGUGGCGGGACCACUACCUGCUGAGGGUAGUGGCGAAGGCUCACACCGGGCCGGUCUUCACCAUGUACACCACGCUGAGAGACGGACUCAUCGUCACCGGCGGCAAGGAGAGGCCGACUAAGGAGGGCGGCGCCGUGAAGCUGUGGGACCAGGAGAUGAAACGCUGUCGGGCGUUCCAGCUGGAGACAGGGCAGCAGGUGGAGUGUGUCCGAUCAGUCUGCAGAGGCAAGGGUAAGAUCCUGGUAGGGACGAAGGACGGGAAGAUCAUCGAGGUCGGUGAGAAGAACGCAGCGUCCAACCUGCUGCUGGACAGCCACGCUCGGGGAGGGAUCUGGGGUCUGAGCGCUCACCCUGCUAAAGAGCUCUGCAUCAGCGCCAGCGACGAUGCCACCAUCAGGAUGUGGGACCUCACCGACAAGAAACUGUUGAACAAGGUGAGUGUCAGCCAUGCAGCCCGAUGUGUGAGCUACAGCACAGACGGGGAGAUGCUGGCAGUGGGGAUGAGGAAUGGCGAGUUCCUUCUCCUCCUUGCCAACUCGCUCAAGAUGUGGGCGAAGAAACGAGACCGCAGUGCCGCCAUCCAGGACAUCCGGUUCAGUCCAGAUCGGAGGCUGUUGGCGGUCGGUUCGGCAGAGAACACUGUGGACGUGUAUGAUGUUAGCGGAGGAGCGAGUCUGACCCGACUGGUUUACUGCAGCGACAUCCCUGCUUUCAUCCUGCAGCUGGACUUCUCUGCUGACAGCUGCUACAUACAGGUUUCCACAGGAGCUUACAAGCGUCAGGUGUUUGAGGUUCCUUCGGGGAAGCUGGUGAGCGACCAGACUGUCAUAGACAGAAUCACCUGGGCUACGUGGACCAGCAUCCUGGGAGAUGAGGUUCUGGGGAUUUGGCCUCGAAACGCCGACAAAGCCGACGUAAACUGUGCAUGUGUGUCUUACGCCGGCCUGAACAUCGUCACCGGCGACGACUUCGGAUUGGUCAAACUGUUCGACUUCCCCUGCACAGAGAAGUUUGCCAAACACAAGCGCUACCUCGGCCACUCGGCUCAUGUGACCAACAUCCGCUUCUCCCACGACGACAAGUAUGUGAUCAGCACAGGAGGAGACGACUGCAGUGUGUUCGUCUGGAAGUGUCUGUAAACGGAGCUCUGCCGUAUGGUGGCACUUAUGCAAAGCGCAUCACAGUACCACAAGUGGAUCCAGGGAGAAUUGAACCCACGAUGUGAACCGGUUUCUGGUGCAGUCCAGUCCCAGGAACCUGGAGAAGAACAAGGCCCAAGAUUCCCCGGCUGGUUCAGCCAGACUCCUCUCAGUGCGUCCUGGUGUGAAGGACAGAAGCAGCUGCUGCCUCCUGGUGGUGGUCCAUCUGGAUUCACAACAGUGCAGUUAGACGACAGCCAACCGGGCCUUCAACACCGAUGUCAUGUGACUCUCUGCUGCACUACCCGGACAAGGUUACCCAGAAGGCCUCGCUGCACCCGAUGACCGACUGGAGCUGCAGGAAGAGUGGCAAACAGAGAGACGAGGCUCAACGGAAACACAACCUGUUUGUGCAGAGUUCAGACUCUUUCUAAUGACACACCGUUUAGGAAGGUUUGGUUACAGGCCUUUUUGUAAGAACAACUGGACGUUGAAUUACAGCAGCAUCCUUCCCUGUGGUCACACUGGUCACCUGAGCAGAGAAGGUGAGAAUAGAGGGAGGCCUCCCUGGUGGACGUGCGAAGUGUAGAUGGAUGAGAGGGCCGCCAGGUUGCGUCAGAGAUUUUCCACAUUAGCACAGAUGGUGUUGUUUACUCCUCUGUGUGUCCUCAGGUGAAGGUCCACUGCUGACUCUGGUCAGGAGUCGCUGCUCCUCCUGGGCACUGCGUUACCCUUCUUGUCCUGCUGUCUCUGGGGGGGACCAUCUCAGGGUAUUCACAGGCCUGGUGAGACAUUCUCAGCUGCUGGUCUUGCAGUGGGUGAUGGGAGUCAAACAGCCAUCAUCAUCCACUGCACCACAAAGUAGGAGUCACCAGGACCCUACACCACAGGGCGGGAAAUAUGCCCAGGCCUCCGGGCCUGUGAAUACCCUGAGACGGUCCCCCCCCAAAGACACCAGAGCACAGGAAGGGUAACGGUGCUCAGAGCAGCCCGGCCCAGGAGGAGCAGCGACUCCUGACCA